AUGUCGACGCUGCUGAAUUUGGACAGCUAUCGGCAUGAGAUGUAUGGAUUCACUGGUUUUGCGUGGCCGGUUGAUGGUUUCCCAUUUUCCUGCAUAUUUCCAGAGCAACAGCAGCUGCUGGGCGCAUCACCCAACCAGUACACCAUCCUGUCGAUGGACACACCAUCGGCGGUAGCAGCAGCAACAGUGGUCAGUGUUGGAGAUUAUACGCUCGGGUCGAGCCGAUCGUAUGCCAGUGCGCUUUCGCCUUCUUCAUCGUCUGCAUCGCCAUCAUCGCCGUCGUCGGUGGCAUCGCCUAACAGCCGUGCCAGCACCAUGUCCCCACAGUCCAGUGCCAGUGAGCAAAGUGCUUCCUAUACGCUGCAGAACCUAAACCUUUCCAGCAGCGCCAGCUCGAUGAGUUAUCCCGCUAUGAGCUAUCAACAGCAGCAGCAACAUCACCAACCCCAGCAUCAGCAGCAACAGCAGCAUCAGCAACAAAUUCAACCGCAGCAUUACUAUGCUCCCCAGCUGUUGAAUCUGGACCAGGAACAUCUGCAAACAUCCUUCACCUACACAACAUCAUCCAACGAAGCUUUUGCGCCACCCGAUGCGGACUACGGCAACCCGCAUCUGGUGAUACUGGAGCAACCGGUGGAUAAGUUCCGCUUUCGCUACCAAUCGGAAAUGCACGGUACGCACGGUUCGCUCAUGGGCAGCCGUACGGAAAAGUCCAAGAAAACGUUCCCCACGGUAGAAUUGCGUGGCUACACCGGGGAAGCUAAAGUGCGCUGCUCGCUGUAUCAGGUCGAUCCGCAGAGGCGGGCGCCCCAUUCGCACCAUCUUGUGAUUAAGUCCGGUGAUCUGGAUCUGAUCGAUCCGCACGAUCUGGAUGUUGGCGGAACGGCAGGAGAGUCCGCCGAUGGUGGAAGCUAUGUGGCCACCUUCCAAGGAAUGGGCAUUAUUCACACGGCGAAGAAAUUUAUUGGCGAAGAGUUGUACAAGAAGCUGCGCAAGCAUCGCCUGUGCGAGUUGAACCGUGAACCGACCGAGCGGGAGGAACAGCAGAUGCAGAAGGAUGCCACCGUAAUGGCGCGCACGAUGAACCUGAACCAAGUGUGCCUCUGCUUCCAGGCGUAUCGAGUUGAGCCGGCUACAGGGCGUUGGAUGCCCAUUUGUGAGCCAGUUUACUCGAAUCCUAUCAACAAUAUGAAAAGUGCUCUUACCGGUGAAUUGAAGAUCUGCCGGCUAAGCACCACGGUCAGUGGUGUAGAUGGUGGCGAAGAAGUGUUUAUGUUUGUCGAGAAGGUUUGCAAAAACAACAUAAAGAUUCGAUUCUACGAGCUGGAUGAGUACGAUCAGGAGGUGUGGCAGGAAAUGGCGAUCUUUUCGGAAGCCGAUGUACACCAUCAGUAUGCGAUCGCUUUCAAAACGCCACCGUACAGGAACAAGGACAUUACCGAACCGGUUGAGGUGCAUAUGCAGCUGUUCCGGCCACGGGAUCGAUGCCAGAGUGAACCGGUACUGUUUAAGUACAAACCGCGACCCGGUAUGAUGGUUCCCGGUAGCAUUGGUAGUGGAUCUCGCAAGCGUCUUCGCAUAAGCUCUGGAAACAUUUCAUCCGAAAUUCCAACCGUCAUUCAGAACGAUCCGAAUGCAGGUGGUGGUGGUGGUGGUGGUGGAGGUGGAGAAACUGGUGGUUCAUCGACUCGCUUACCGCCCUUACAUCAACCCUUUCCGAUGUUGGCCAACCAUGACGGUUCCAUUCCCGAGGUUCACGAACCAUCCACGACAGCGACAAUCAAUGCGGCGACAGCCGUACAUCAUCAGCAGGACAUUAUGAGUGGGAUCGGUUCGGCAAACACGAUCAGCAAAGAGCUGACCAAGGCAAGCAUCAUACAGGAGAUACUAAACAUUCCAACUACGAUCGCAUCCGACGUAGCGUUUGAUUCGAGCGAUUUCCCUUGCAACUCUGAAGAAUUCAACAAGCUUAUCCAAGAGAUAGGCAACCAGCAGGACCUGGUAAAGCUGGAAACCGACUCGGAACCGGCAACCAGCGAUACGGAAAGUGUGUUGGGACGGGCGAUUGCCGAUCUGGUUGCAUCCGGCGACGAUGCACGGCAGGGCGAGAUGCUGCGGAAGCUGUUGGCGCUGAUCAAACUGUUUGCCGGUGAUGUUAACCGAUCGCGGCAACUGCUAGCUUCCCACUGGAACGCCGCUAACCAGCAGCAGCUCAAGUUCGAACCUCAGCCGUGGAGUAGCCAUUACGAGGAGCAUGGUUGCUGUUUGCACGCGGCCAUACGGCGCAAUGAUACGACGAUCGCCUGCAAGUUGAUAGAACUGUUGGACGAGUUUCGGCUAACCGAUGAGCUGUUGGACCUGCCGAACGAUCGCAACGAAACGGCUCUACAUCUUGCGGUGUCCACCAACAACGAAUCGAUUGUGCAGAAGCUGCUGCAAGCUGGUGCAAAGCUUAACUUUUGUGAUUAUCGUGGAAAUACGGCGUUGCACCGGGCGGUGGUUGAGAAUGUGCCCGAUAUGGUACGGUUGCUGUUGGCACACGGACAAACGAAAGGCUCUCGGCUCGAAUGUACCAACGACGAUGGGCUGACGGCAUUGCAGGCGGCUGUGUACGCUCGAAAUUUGAAAAUUACUCGCAUUCUGAUCGAUGCUGGUGCUUCGGUUCGCGAGAAGGACCUCAAACAUGGCAACAACAUCCUGCACAUUGCGGUGGAUAAUGACGCGCUCGACAUCGUGAACUACAUACUGGAGCACGUAAAGCACGAGCUAGGCCUCGAGCAGAACAACGCCGGCUAUACCCCAUUACAGCUAGCCGAUGCUAAAAGUCACACCGGACAAGGAAACAACAAGCUGAUCGUGCGAGAAUUGUUGCGCCACUUUCCGGAUGGUUUGAAAAAAGAUGGCCGACCAUCCGGAAAGCGAACGGCAGAUAAUAUCCAGGACCAGGAAGAGGACAUCGAUGAGGAUGAAGAGGAAGAAGACGAAGAAGAGGAGGAAGACGAAGAGGAAGAAAAAGCAGAGGAAAAAGAGGAGGAAAAAGAUCACAAGGACUCCAUACUGGAUUCAAUGAAUCUUAACUGCGAUCGUGUAAAUAUUGCCCGCCUGCUCGAGGAACACGAACCGGAAGCUGAACCGCAGCGUAAAUCUACGAAGCGAUCGGAUACCGCUUCCACCGAUCAACGGGAAGUGGCAACGCUCACGAGCACGCUUUUUGAUGACCAGUGUAUGGAUGAGCUGUGCAAGCAGUUGAGCGAGAAUGAGACAUGGCGUGCGCUGGGUUCGCUGCUUGAUUUCCACGCAUUUUUCACCGUUUGGGAGCAGGUGUCCAGCCCGGCCCGGAUGCUGCUCGGUUACUAUGAGAUGCAACAGUUAAAUAUGGAUCGGCUUAUCGAUAUGCUCCGGGUGUUGGAGCUGCGUGAUUGCAUCCGUAGCAUCGACGAAAUGAUCUGUCGACGGAUGAAGUAGUG